CCCUAGGUAGCACGCCGCUGACUUCCCGCGAGGCUCGCCGUGCGCCCACACGGCAGCCUCUGCUCGCGUUUUCGAGCCAGGACCUUCGUCCGGGCCCACGGCCGGCACGCCAUCGUCGAUUCCGCGAUGCUAUUCAUCUACAACGACACGUCCGGCUCGUGCAGCCCAGGCCGUGCCUCGGCCGGCGGCCUCAACUACUUUCUCUUCCUCUCGGCCGCUCUCCGCGCAGCAGGGCUCGUGACGACUGACCCACAGCGGGCCACCGUCUUCUACCACCCGGCGUGCCUCAUCAACGUCUACUUCGAGACGAGGCUUCCGAACUGGAAGAGCUCCGGCGCCGUCGCCGCGCAGGCGACGGCUGUGCAGCGCCGCGUCCUCGCGGAGAUUGCAACCUAUCAACACAGGCCGCACCUGCUCAACGGACUGCGCUGCGCGCUGCAGAGCGGGCAGGACGGCCUCACGUCGCACAUGCGCAAGACCUUCCCUCUCCUGUGGGGCGAGGGUGCACAGAUGUCAAAUCCGCAUCCUAUCCACCAUCAGCCUCUGACCUCGAAGCCCUUGACGCCCAGCCGCGAGAGUCGCGCGGCCCGGCAUCUCAAUGGUUUGAGCCACCUCACCCGAAAGGCUCGCGGCGGUUCGCCCACUUUUGCGCCGAGGCGCUCGGGCCCGUCGACCACUCCCGCGCCGUCCACCUCUGGUACUGCCAGCCGGAGCAGCAAGAAGCGGCGUCCUCACAUCGGCCUCUCAGGGUCCUGUUUGUGGGGGCCACCUUCGAGCGAGCCUUUGGCGAGAAGAAGGAGCACCCGCGCGCACGGGCGAUCCGCGCGUUGCGCCGCACCGCAGGGCCGGCAGACCAUCUCCGACGCGGAGCUGCAGGCGCUGUACUCGCGCGCAGAGUUCGCGCUCUGUCCGGUGGGCGACACGCCCGAGUCAAAGCGCGUCUACGACGCGCUUCGCGCCGGCAGCGUCCCGCUGCUCAGCUCCAAGUUUGUGCCGCCGCCGCUCGGCUCGUGGAGGUCCUUCUCCGCUCGGAUCGAGUACAACCGCUCCUCUGGAGGCCUGCUGCUGCCGCGCGCCUCCCGGCUGGCCGCCCUGCAGCGCGGCGUGCGCCAGAUGCGCGACGCGUUCACCUGCGACGCGACACGGAACGAGCGCUUCCGCGAGUACCUGCGGCGGUCGCUGGCCCGUGUCAGGGAC